AGUGGGCUGGGCGGGGCUUGGCGGCGCGCAGACAUAGACUGCGGCACCGUCGGAGCUGCGCCGCCGCCGCUGGUCGUCCAGGUGCCACCACCCGCCCCGCGCCCUCCCCGCCGCCCCGGGCCUCCCGACCGCGCCCCCGCGGGGCCUUGCGCACGCCCGGGCCCAGGCCGCAGGCCGCAGCGCCGGGGCCGGCGAUGAGCGCGAGCAGCCGGCAUGAGCGCAGACAGCAGCCCUCUCGUGGACAGCACGCCGGCCGGCUACGGGACCCUGACGAUAGGGACAUCAAUAGAUCCCCUCAGCUCCUCAGUUUCAUCCGUGAGGCUCAGCGGCUACUGUGGCAGUCCAUGGAGGGUCAUCGGCUAUCACGUCGUGGUCUGGAUGAUGGCUGGGAUCCCUUUGCUGCUUUUCCGAUGGAAGCCGGCAUGGGGGGUGCGGCUGCGGCUGCGGCCAUGCAACCUGGCCCGCGCCGAAACACUCGUCAUCGAAAUAAGAGACAAAGAGGAUAGUUCGUGGCAGCUCUUCACCGUCCAGGUGCAGACCGAGGCUGUGGGCGAGGGCAGCCCGGAGCUGCCCCAACAGGCCCAGGCGAAGGAUGGCCGGCGCCAGGUGGCUGUGGGAGCAGUACCAGAGGGUACCUGGAAGGACACCACCCAGCUGCACAGGCAGGAGGAGGCAAAGCAGGUGCUGCGGUAUUACCUCCUCCAGGGCCAGCGCUACAUCUGGAUCGAGACCCAGCAAGCCUUCCACCAAGUCAGCCUGCUGGACCACGGCCGCACCUGUGACGACGUCCACCAAUCCCACUCCGGCCUCAGCCUCCAGGAGCAAACUUUGAGGAAGGCCAUCUACGGCCCCAACGUGAUCAGCGUACCGGUCAAGUCCUACCCGCAGCUGCUGGUGGACGAGGCGCUGAACCCCUACUACGGGUUCCAGGCCUUCAGCAUCGCGCUGUGGCUGGCCGACCGCUACUACUGGUACGCCCUCUGCAUCUUCCUCAUCUCCGCUGUCUCCAUCUGCCUGUCGCUCUACAAAACUAGAAAGCAAAGCCAGACUCUGAGGGACAUGGUCAAGCUGUCGGUGCGGGUGCGCGUGUGCCGGCCCGGGGGAGAGGCACAGUGGGUCGACUCCAGCGAGCUGGUGCCCGGCGACUGCCUGGUGCUGCCCCAGGAGGGCGGGCUGAUGCCCUGCGACGCCACCCUGGUGGCUGGCGAGUGCGUGGUCAACGAGAGCUCCCUGACAGGGGAGAGCGUCCCAGUGCUGAAGACGGCCCUGCCAAGGGGGCCAGGGCCCUACUGCCCAGAGACGCACCGGCGGCACACGCUCUUCUGCGGGACGCUCAUCAUGCAGGCCCGGGCCUACAUGGGACCCCAUGUCCUGGCGGUGGUAACCCGGACAGGCUUCUGCACGGCUAAGGGGGGCCUGGUGAGCUCCAUCUUGCAUCCCCGGCCCAUCAACUUCAAGUUCUAUAAGCACAGCAUGAAGUUCGUGGCUGCGCUCUCUGUCCUGGCUCUCCUCGGCACUGUCUACAGCAUCUUCAUCCUCUACCGCAACCGGGUGCCUCUGAAAGAGAUUGUGAUCCGGGCUCUGGACCUGGUGACUGUGGUGGUGCCGCCUGCCCUGCCGGCCGCCAUGACCGUGUGUACGCUCUACGCCCAGAGCCGGCUGCGGACACAGGGCAUCUUCUGCAUCCACCCCCUGCGCAUCAACCUGGGCGGCAAGCUGCGGCUGGUGUGUUUUGACAAGACAGGCACCCUCACUGAGGACGGCUUGGACGUGAUGGGGGUGGUGCCCCUGAAGGGGCAGGCGUUCCUGCCACUGGUCCCUGAGCCCCACUGCCUGCCCAUGGGGCCCCUGCUCCGAGCACUGGCCACCUGCCACACCCUCAGCUGGCUCCAAGACACCCCAGUGGGCGACCCCAUGGACCUUAAGAUGGUGGAGUCUACUGGCUGGGUCCUGCAGGAGCCAGCCACAGACUCGGCCUUUGGGGCCCAGGUCUUGGCAGUGAUGAGACCCCCACUUCGAGAGCCCCAGCUGCAGGGAACGGAGGAGCCCCCGAUGCCUGUCAGCGUCCUCCGCCGCUUCCCGUUCUCCUCGGCCCUGCAGCGCAUGGACGUGGUGGUGGCAUGGCCAGGGGCCGCUCAGCCCGAGGCCUGUGUCAAGGGCUCCCCUGAGCUGGUGGCAGGCCUCUGCAAGCCCGACACAGUGCCCCCCGACUUCGCCCAGACGCUGCAGAGCUACACGGCUGCCGGCUACCGCGUCGUGGCCCUGGCCAGCAAGCCGCUGCCCAUCGCGCCCAGCCCGGAGGCAGCUCAGCAGCUGACGAGGGACACUGUGGAGCAGGAGCUGAGCCUCCUGGGGCUGCUGGUCAUGAGGAACCUGCUGAAGCCACAGACGACACCAGUUAUCCAGGCUCUGCGGAGGACCCACAUCCGCACCGUCAUGGUGACAGGGGACAACCUGCAGACUGCAGUCACUGUGGCCCGGGGUUGUGGCAUGGUUGGUCCCCGGGAGCGUCUGGUCAUUGUCCACGCCACCCACCCGGAGCGGGGUCAGCCUGCCUCCCUCGAGUUCCUGCCAGUGGAGUCCUCCACAGCUGUGAACGGGGUGAAGGAUCCUGGCCAGGCCGCAGGCUACACCAUGGAGCCAGAUCCCCGAUCCAGCCACCUGGCCCUCAGCGGGCCCACCUUUGGUGUCAUUGUGAAGCACUUCCCCAAGCUGCUGCCCAAGGUCCUGGUCCAGGGCACCGUGUUUGCCCGCAUGGCCCCUGAGCAGAAGACAGAGCUGGUGUGCGAGCUGCAGAAGCUUCAGUACUGCGUGGGCAUGUGUGGGGAUGGCGCCAACGACUGCGGGGCCCUGAAGGCGGCCGACGUGGGCAUCUCGCUCUCCCAGGCCGAGGCCUCGGUGGUCUCACCGUUCACCUCGAGCACGGCCAGCAUUGAGUGUGUGCCCACGGUCAUCAGGGAAGGGCGCUGUUCCCUCGACACGUCAUUCAGCGUCUUCAAGUACAUGGCCCUGUACAGCCUGACCCAGUUCAUCUCGGUCCUCAUCCUCUACACGAUCAACACCAACCUAGGUGACGUGCAGUUCCUGGCCAUCGACCUGGUCAUCACCACCACGGUGGCAGUGCUCAUGAGUCGCACGGGGCCGGCGCUGGCACUGGGGCGGUUGCGGCCACCGGGGGCCCUGCUCAGCAUGCCCGUGCUCAGCAGCCUGCUGCUGCAGGUGACCCUGGUGGCCGGUGUGCAGCUGGGAGGCUACUUCCUGACCGUAGCCCAGCCUUGGUUUGUACCCCUGAACAGGACAGUGCCUGCGCCGGACAACCUCCCCAACUACGAGAACACAGUGGUCUUCUCUCUGUCCAGCUUCCAGUACCUCAUCCUGGCUGCAGCCAUGUCCAAGGGGGCGCCCUUCCGCCAGCCGCUCUACACCAACGUGCCCUUCCUGGUGGCCCUGGCGCUCUUGAGCUCUGUCCUGGUGGGCCUCAUCCUGGUCCCCGGCCUCCUGCAGGGGCCGCUGGCGCUGAGGAGCAUCGCCGACACCCACUUCAAGCUGCUCCUGCUGGGCCUGGUCGCCUUCAACUUGGUGGGGGCCUUCAUGCUGGAGAGCGUGCUGGACCAGUGCCUCCCGGCCUGCCUGCGCCGGCUGCGGCCCAAGCGGGCCUCCAAGAAGCGCUUCAAGCAGCUGGAGCGGGAGCUCGCGGAGCAGCCCUGGCCGCCACUGCCCGCCGGCCCCGUGAGGUAGUGCAGGCCUGCCCGGCCCACUAGACACUGGAUCUCCCUGCCUCUGAGCCGCCCCCGGACCCCUCUCCAGAAACACCACGGCCACCGCCUCGCCCCGCAGCCCCGAGGUCGGCAUUGUCACACUCCUGCCCCAAGACUGCCCCCACCCUGGGGAUGUGCUGUCAUCCCCACUAGAGACCAGCCGUGUAGACACGGCAGCCACCAACUCCACUCAGAGCCGCUGUCGGUGUAGCAAAUGAAGUCGUGGUAUUUUCCUGGC